CUAGAGGCUAUUUACUCUGGGAGGUACAUGCAGAGGCUUGUAGCAAAGGUUAUUUGUUUCUGUUUUUGAGAUUCUGUUCUCAAACUGGGACGUGACUGGGAGCUCUAAGGAAUCCUGAUAUCUACUGCAACUUUGUCUCACUAGAGAACCCUGGAGUGUUACCAUAAUGAAUCUCUUGCAUUCUGCAACCAUUUUACUCCUCGUUUCUUCAGUGUUUUGUGCUGUGAAGGACUUGCAUGACCAUUUUGAUGAUCCGAAAGGUCAAGGACCAAGAUCAGUCCAGAGUAACAUUAGCCAAGAUCUAGAAAAAAUCCCUCCGGAGUUUCAUCAGGAGAAUACAGUCACCAAUGACUUAAUCCAUGAAGAAGAGGAAGACGACGACUACUUGGACUUUGAUAAGAUUUUUGGAGAAGAUGAAGAUUAUACUGAUAUUAUUGAUCCUACUCCAGAUAUUAAGAAUGUGGAAACUGAGAGAGGGAAUAUUUUUGAACUUUUUCAUGGUAAAACUAGGAUUCAGAGGCUAAAUAUUAUAAAUGCCAAUUUUGCCUUUAACCUUUACAGGGCAAUUCAGAACACAGUCAACACUACCGAAAACAUCCUGCUAGCACCAGUUGGCAUUUCUACUGCUUUGGCCACUAUUUCACUGGGUACAAAAGAGCAAACUUUAAAACAAAUACUCUCUACCCUGGGUUUUAAAGACUUUAUUAAUGCCAGUACAAAGUAUGACAUAUUUACCAUUCACAAUGUCUUUAGAAAACUGACCCACAGAUUAUUUCGCAGGAACUAUGGCUACACAUUAAGAUCAGUCAAUGACAUCUACAUUACAAAGGACUUUUCUGUUCAUGAGAAGUUUAAAGAAAGUCUGAAGCAGUACUACUUUGCAGAGGCUCAGAUGGUUGAUUUUGAAGACCCUAGUUUCCUUACCAAAGCUAAUCAACGAAUCCAAAAGCUCACCAAGGGCUUAGUGAAGGAAGCUAUACCAAAUGUUGACUCAUCUCUUUUGAUGUUGCUUGUUAACUGCAUCUAUUUCAAAGGGACAUGGGAAAAUAAAUUCCCAGUGGAAUUCACUCAAAAUAUGAACUUUCGUCUCAAUGAAAAGGAGCUGGUGAAGGUGCCAAUGAUGAAGACUAAGGGAAACUUCUUAGUAGCAGCUGAUCACGAGCUGGACUGUGGAGUCUUGCAACUACCAUAUGUGGGGAACAUCAGCAUGAUCAUCGUGCUCCCUAACAAACUAUCUGGCAUGAAGCUUCUGGAGAAACAACUCACACCAAGGGUGGUAGACAGAUGGCAAAAGAUUAUGACAAACAGAACAAGGGAGGUAUAUCUGCCACGUUUUAGACUAGAAAAGAAAAACAAUCUCAUUGAUGUUCUUAGAAGUAUGGGAGCCAAGGACCUGUUCUCCGAUGGAGAUUUCUCAGGAAUCUCGGAUGAAAAGAUAAACAUUGGCAAGUUUCAACACCAGGUCACCAUCAUGGUGAACGAAGAAGGCACAGAGGCGGCAGCAGUGACUACAGUGGGUUUCAUGCCACUAUCUACACAGGCUCGUUUUGUGGUAGAUCGUCCUUUUAUCUUUCUUGUGUAUGAGCAUCAUACCAACUGCCUGACAUUCAUGGGUAGAGUCUCCAACCCUACACAAUCCUGAUCGUUAAGAUCCAAAAUCUUUUAAAACAGAUAUGGAUCUAGGUUCAGCAUUACAGUAACAAGUUAAAAAUAACCUGAUCUUACUACUUGUAUAAAGUCUUUUAGAGCAGUUUUGUUACAAGUAUUUUGUCUCUGUAUUUACAAGAACGUAUUUGUCAAUUAUUACAUGUCUUAUUAGGUUUCAUUUACUAUUACUAAAUAUUACACACACAGCUUCAGGUCAGACCAUAUGAUGAUGUGGUCUGUUACCGAUAAAUAUGUCUAGUAUAAUAUAUUGUGAAAGAAUAAAGGAGAAUUCAAUAAACAAAAAAAGAGGAAAUUAUGUAUAUCUUUUUCCAUCUGUCAUUAAUAAAAAAUACAUAAAAUAUUUAAAUAUAAA